GUGAGCGACUGGACGGGCACGCGACGGGAAUGCACACCCAAGGGGCUGGUUAAGUCCAGGGCUCGCUUCCCUAUGCCACCCACCUUCUGGGGUCACUGAGAGGACGCUCCAGGGAAGAUGAGGCGCGGCGGGCGCACGGCUGUCAGCUCCGCCGGGUACAGAGCAGCGAACCACCCGCUUCCGCAGCCCCCAGCCCCACACACUCUACCCGCGCGCCUGCACGCAGACCACGCACAGCCGCGCCCCCUGCCGGCGCGUGCGCUCAGGUGAGCGCUCUCCGAGCCCGUCGCGCUGCUAGUGCGCGCGCGCGCAGGUGAGCGUCCCGCCCCCGCCUCCGGGCUUGGCCACCUGCCCUGGAAACUUGGGGUGGAUUGUUGCCCUCGGGUCGCUCCCGGGCUGGGACACGGAAACCGGCCAUGGAAGGUACGUCGGGGCCUCGCGAGCCCCGGGCCCGGCCGAGAGAGCGGGACCCAGACCGGCACCCCCACCCGGACCGAGACCGCCACACAGAGCGACAGCGGGAGCGAGCCGGGGACCGGCGCAGGGAGAGAAACAGGGGCGAGCGGAGGGACGGGGACAGGGACAGGGGGAGGGACCGAGACCCUCGCCAGGACAGACACCGGAUCGGGGACCUUCGCGCUGGUGAACAAAGAGUUUGGGAGAAGUCCGGCCAAAGCCGGACGCGGGAAGGACCCCGGAGGCCGACCUGGGACGCAGCCCCGCCCCCCUGGCCCGCGCCUUGGGAAACCCCGCAGCCGCCGCCCCAGAAGAAGGAGCGCUUCGGGCCCCGUGGACAGGCAAGUGAACCCACUUCAGGGAGAUACCUGCCCUCAAACCCCGGGUCUGGACUGGAGGAAGUGGAAUAUUACCAGUCAGAAGCUGAAGGACUCCUGGAAUGCCAUAAAUGCAAAUACUUGUGCACUGGGAGAGGUGUGGUACAGAUAGUGGAGGUGAUACUGAACGGGAUGGUUCUCAUGUGUGUCGUGGCAUCCUACUUUGUCCUUGCUGGAUUCACUGCCAGCUUUACCAGUGGUGGCGGCUUUGGGAACAACUACUACUCACCAUUUGAGGGCACCGAGCUGGAGCAGGUUCGGCAGCUGGACCAGAAGUACACAGUCCUCCGGGCACCCCUGAUCUAUGGGGGCGUGGCUGUGUCUCUGGGGCUGGGUGUCCUCACUAUGAGUGUUUUACUCCAAGGAGCCAAAAGUCUCACCGAACUGUCAGGGAAGUGGCUCCUCCUGGAGGCCGCCUUCAGCCUCCUCGCGGCACUGAGCUACGGCGUCGGCAUUGGCAUUUACCUCCACGUGGCCUUGCAGAUCAAUUCCACAGAUACUUGCAGAGCUCGAGCGAGUCUCUAUGCCCGCAAGGGUCUCACCUGGAUGAACUGCCAGCUGGCAGGCACGGACGGGGCAGCAGCCACCUUCGCCUGUCUCUUGGUGGUGAUGUACAGUGCCAGCGUGGUGCUGGCCCUGCGGAGCUACCGGGAACAGAAGCACUACAAAGAGAGCCACGCACAGCACAGCAGUUACAGCGACGCACCCCAAUACCUGUGGUCGGGAACACUCUGA